GUUUACACUGGCUAGGGGUUGGUCGGUCACUUUCCAAGUACCUACUACCUACCUAGGUACUUAAGCAGGCAACACUAGCCAGCCCACCAGUCACGGCGCUGUGAUCUCUCCGAUGAGCGCCUCAACCCACCACCGUGCCGCCUUCUCCAUUAGGGACAAAUGUGUGAGACAGCCAGCCAGGGCAACGCGCUUUUCUGAUGCCACAUAAUCCCAUAACAUCCCACCCAUGACGGAUCUUGCACGCAUCCUGCCGCAUUUCCCGACCAGUCAAUAUGCGAAUCUCAUCCCGAGUCUGGAAAAGCAUCAGGUCACAACCAGCGAGCUGCUGACCCUCGAGGCAGCAGACAUUGGCAAACGGACGCAGCUGCCCCUGCUGGAUGUCAAGAGGCUGUGCGGCGCCGUCUUGACCGCGUUGCAUGCGGACCUGGGCGUGGAGGAUCGGGAGCCUGAUGCGAGAGCCGAGGCUUCAAAGCAACAACCACAGCAACAUCAACACCAGUGGUCCAAGAUCAGCACACUCGACCCCGUCAUCGAUAAGCUCCUCGACGGUGGCGUACGGACGGGACACGUCACGGAACUAGCGGGCGAGGCCGGAGCCGGCAAGACGCAGUUCCUCCUCGCCCUGCUCCUCGCCGUGCAGCUCCCACCGCCGCAUGGCAUUGGCCGUAAUGCCCUCUACAUAUCAACCGAGGCGUCCUUGUCAACGCGCCGUCUCACGCAGAUGCUGAACAACAACCCCAUCUUCAGAUCCAAGAACAUCCCGUUCAGCGAGAGACCGUCACUCGACAACAUCGUCAGCACCACCACGCCGGACUUGGAAUCCCAGGAGCACAUCCUCACCUACCAGGUGCCGGUCGAGGUGGAGCGCCGUAAUAUCGGCCUCAUCGUCCUCGACAGCGUGGCGGCCAACUACCGCGCCGAGUUUGACCGGUCGGUUAGGAACCACUCGGGCGCGCUCGGCAGUGCGGCAGGCGAGGGCGGCAGCAAGAGUGUCGGCCAGAACAUGGGCGCCCGUAGCGCGGAGCUCGUCCGGCUGGGGCUGCUGCUGCGGGACCUGGCCAGGAACCACGACAUCGCCGUGGUGGUGUCGAACCAGGUUGCAGACCGCUUUGACCGGGCGGGCACCCCGGCGCUGCCUAAGAAUCCGCCGCCGGGCUACGGUAAGAACGUCGCCUCGGGUGGUGGCCGUGGCCCGCCCAUGCGCAAUCACGAGAGCUCGCCGUUGGCGGCGCGGAGUAAGGAUCCGAACCAGCCGCCCCUGCCACACGUCGAGCCGACGUCGUCGAUGGCCGACGCGCUGCCAGCGUCGAGCAUGUCCUACGGGGAUAAAGAGGACGCCGAACCUCCCCCGGAGAGACGGCCGCCACCACCGCCCAUGGACGACAUGUCUCGCCUGCCUGCGCCGCCCGCGCUGAACUUUGACCACCAGCAGAGGUGGUUUACAGGGUGGGGGGACGAGCCAUGGCCCUCGUCGAUGCACUCGCUCAAGACCCCCAGUCUCGGUCUGGUCUGGACGACCCAGGUAGCCUGUCGGAUCGCGCUGGUCAAGGCCCCGCGGUACGGCAGGUCACGGUAUCAUGUCGAUGAUGAUGCUGGUGGGACAGGGACACCCACGCUCAAGACGUGGAGGAGGUGGAUGAAGGUCGUCUUCGCACCGCACGUGGCCGCGGCGGGGCCCGGUCUGGAUGGAGCAGCCGAGUUCGAAAUAAACAUGGGUGGUUUGAAGGGCGUAGUCAGAUGAGUUCGCUGUGGUGUGGUGCACGGGGAUACAAUUACGGAAUGGAGGGACAGGCUGUAUACAAAAGACACGCGAGGAAGUCCACAUACGGCGUCUGAUCUCGGUGUUUAGAAGACACUAAUUAUGAUCACAAAACAAUAGACCGUAUCAGGCAAGGUUCUACUGUCCACGGGUACGUAGAGGCGGGCCGCGAUACCAUAGCAUCAGCUUUUCCCGACGUUUACGGGCUGUUUGCAUAUGUGAAAACGUCACAGGCAUCACGGUCAUCACGGCCGAUGAACAGACCUUGCAAACGAGUUUGAGAACGAAAGCAUGUGCUGACG